AAAAAAUACUGCUGAUGCGGCGGAACCAGCAGAAUUUCGGUAAAAUCUAGCUUUCGUUAGUUAUCCUGUGUUCUUCUCUCUUCUAGUCAAUAGGAAAUCAGUGAUAUUGUGGGUGGUAGCCGAGUUCCCUUCAUCAGCAGUGCACCGUUUCAACACGGCAAAAUGGGCCUCCUGUACAGGGUUCGUGUGCGAGUCAUCAACUGUUUGAUCUUCUUCUUGUUGGUAGUGUUGCUUCCCCGCUUGCCACCGAAAACUACAUUCCCAUUCGAAGGAUUUAGAUUCGCCAAGCCACGCGAGCUGAAAGGAGCACUAGAACCCACGAAUCAUCUGGACAAUGCGGAACGACUGUUUGAGGGAAAGAUCUAUGGUCCGGAAGCUUUGGUCGUGCACGGAAAGGAUCUAUUCACCACGAUCCAUGGUGGUGAAGUAAUUCGCAUUAAUGGCGAACAUAUUACGCACAUUGCCAAAUUCGGAAAACCAUGUGAGUUAUCAUUCGAGGAGGAAACAUGCGGUCGUCCGUUGGGACUAGCUUUCGACACGAAGGGAUCAAACCUAAUCGUUGGUGACGCCUACUACGGUAUCUGGUCGGUUGAUCUGACAACGGGCAACAAGGAACAGCUCGUUUCGCCUGACACCGUGUUAGAGGGCAAGGGAGUAAAUCGUAAGGGAAAACUAUUUAACAGCGUAGCGGUCGCUCGCAAUGGCGAUAUCUUCUGGACGGAUUCCACUUCCGACUUCACGCUGCAGGAUGGAGUGUUCAGCGUUUUUGCCAAUCCUUCGGGCCGUCUGUUCCAGUACGAUCGCAGCACGGGCAAGAACAAAGUGUUGCUGGAUCGUCUGUACUUUGCCAACGGUGUGGCAUUGAGUCCCAAUGACGAGUUCGUGCUGGUGGCGGAGACAAUGGCAUCGCAGAUACGUCGGUACUAUUUGACGGGACCGAAGGCCGGUACUGAUGAUAUUUUCAUCGAUGGUCUGCCUGGUUUGGUUGAUAAUCUCGUGGCGGACGCGGAAGGCAUUUGGGCUCCAUUGAUCCAAGCCGCUGACGAUGAGAAUCCUUCGCUUCCGCAAAUGUUGUCCAACGUGCCGCUUAUCCGCAAGUUUGCGAUUCGUAUGCUAGCCUUAGCUGAACUGCCCAUGCGGCUAAUCCACCAGGUGUUCCCUAAUCUGCACACGCAGCGUAUCAUUCAUGCGAUUGGCCACUUUGAGUCGCUGAUAUUCUUUUCCCCAAGUCGUCAAACCGUCGUGAAGAUCAGCUGGAGUGGCCGUAUCCUCGGAUCGCUGCAUGGUUUUGACGGUAGCGUAGGAAGCGUGUCGCAUGUGGCCGAACUGGGAGACUACCUGUACUUGGGCUCACCAUACAAUAAGUUUUUGGCACGCGUUCCCCUGCCGAAGAUGCCAAAGAUUGAGGUCCGCGAUGUGAAGUACAAACCGGCAACAGAAACACCGGCUGCACCGAAACCGACAACAACAACGACUACAACACCGAAACCGACGACUACUACCACGACUACCCCGAAACCGACGACUACUACCACGACGACACCGAAACCAUCGACAACAACGACUACCCCAAAGCCGGCUACGACUACGACUCCUAAACCAACAACGACUACUACCACUCCUAAACCAACAACGACUACUACCACUCCCAAACCAGCAACUACUACUACCCAAAAGCCUAAAACUACGGCCACUCCUAAGGCGACUACUACCACUCCAAAACCAACAGAAGCUCCGAAAGUGACCACCGAAGUACCAGUGACAGCGAAGAAAGACGAUAAGAAACCAUCUGCAUCGCAGCAACCGGGAAGCACAAAGGAAUCCCCAACAGAGCCGGCCCCAAUACACGAGAAAGUCCCCAACGAUACUCCGAAACCGAAGCAGGAGAAACUGAAAGUGAUCAAAAAGGGCGGUGAACAGGGAGAACUAUAAGACUAGCAAGAUCAGUGACGCACAACAAAUCCUUCAUGUUGAUCAUGAUCAUCACAACUGCAUAUGCACAACACGUUCGUCAAAGGACGCGUGAAACGCCAGUGUAUUGAAAUACCUCCAAGCAAAAUGCGCAAACAAUUUACGUGCGCGUACUCGGUCCACUCGUUUGGAGUCACCGACAAAAUGUCCGAGGGCAAAGCUUUACAUACUAACGUUACCGUAACACCGUCAAACAGUCCCUGUGUUGAGGGAAGGGAAGUUUUAAAGCAAUCAUCAAAUGCCCCAUUCCGCAUGAAUGGGAAUCGUCCACCAGAGUGCAGCAACCCCGGACGGAGAGGGUAGUUUAACUUGUAGCAGCUAAAAGUCCAACAUUCUUGAUAAUUUCAUUCCAUGAGUGAGGUGUAUGUUUUGUAAAAGUCUGUUCAUUCCUACGGGAUUUUUUUUUGCAACCCAGUAUAUACUCUGUUUGUGCGUAGGUAGGACCAAUUUGUUCCGAUAUAUUCAUCCAUUUUGCGACAGGCGGGGCCAAAGUUGGGGCGACAAAGGCUUGGAGCAUGGAGUGAGAAGAAUGUUCACUUCCGUCAUUUUUCUCCCAGUAGAAAAAUUUGGCAGCGAUUAGUGAUCGGUUAGAUGUAUUAUAGGUUUAGGAGGGUUAAAAUUAAUGCUGGAAAGGAAAUUGUGAAAGGUUACACUUGAAAUUGAUUUCAUACUCAACUGUUUUGUAUAUUGAAUUCGAAAUUGAACUAAUUGUAUAAUUGAACUCUUGGCACUAUUUAUGGAUUAAUGUUUCCGACUGCGGUCACGAUGGCGAUGGAGAAUAUAUAAUUUUUUUGCUUGGGUAA